GAAUAGGACCGGGGGGUUGGGGCCAGAUAUGCUUUACGGCAGUGCCGGGCAAUAAAGCAUCCCGGGUUAGGGAACUAAGGACUACCACGGUGGGAAGAGAAAGGACGACAGGGUCGGGAAGGUUUGCUUUACGACACGGGCGAGGUGACGGAGUGGCUUCAGAGGGGUGAAGACGGGCCGGGAGCUUUUGCGACAGUGGGAGAAACGACUGCCGCAGGCAUCUUUACGACGCGACGGGGGGGAGUUGGUGCCCAAACACUUUCAGCUUUGCGACAGCUGCACCGAAGACCCCGCCUUCGUCGAAGCAAGCAACACCUUGAAGUAUUCGCUUUACGGCAAGGGAGGGGGGAGCUCUCCUUUGCUCUGCUCGUUUCGAAGCGGUGUGAGCGAGCUCUGAGUUCCCAGAGCAGGGAACUGGUAGCUUUGUAAAUGAAAAUAUCUGCCCUCCCUACCACUGAGACCGGUUAUGUCUUUCUAGAGUGUCGCAGUCCCUCCACUUUGUAUCACAACUCUCCGCAGAGGCAGAGCGGCCCGGCUUUGGGGGGAAAAAAAGCUCGCGGAUGUGUCUAGUCAAGCCUAUCUUGAGGUUUUAAAGCCACGAAUAAAGAAUGCAAAGGAACCCCGGCAGGAAGUUUCAAGCAACGGCGCUGAUAUUCCCCAAAGAUUCCCCCAGAGCUGUCAACAAACCCCCAGCACAACUCACUCGACGCUCACGCUAAGCUUGGAGGACUGUGACGUCACAAUUAGGCUUCACGCCCCACGGCCAGGACCCCUGACUACGAUUGGAUAAUUCGGAUGAGGGCAGCGAUGGGGAGAAAGGCGGGAACAAAUCCCAGAGACAAAGAAAAGUCUUAGGGUGGGACAGGAGAGGAGGGGCGAGCGGAGAGGCUCCCAGCCCGAGGUCCCUAUACAGUUUUUCCGCCCCCCGCGGCUCCAGGGAGCAGUGGGGGAGGGGACCCAGGCCUAGCCCAAGCGUCCCCCGCCCGCCGCGGUGGGGGCGGGGCUAUGUGGUGCAGGGAGCCGGGGCGGGGUAGCUUAGCGUGGCCCCUUAGUGGUGCCAUGGAGAAGCAGGAAUCUCUGGGGGCUACUAGCGGCCUCGACGGAGAAUCUCCUGGAGGGCCAACCAGGGGAGUGCCCGGAGGCAUCGGAGGAGUCGAGGCAGGCGCCGGGCUGCCCUGCGGAGUAGCCAUGUUUUACGGUUCUGGGCCCCCCAUACACUCCGGGGGAACCGUCAUUGGCAGUCCUGGUUCUAGCCAGCCCUCCGGAGGGACAGCAGUCUUCGGUUCCGGCCUCAACCGGCAUCCCGGGUCCGGUACACACCCUGGCGGGCUUAAUCCCCCCUUCCCUGGAACCAGUGUAUGCGGGACGUCCAACCUGGGGUCCGGGGGGCCUGGGGUGUACAACUCGGGAUACAUUCCGCACUCCGGGUCAACUUGCAUGCACCCAGACAAACCCUGUGAGGACCGGCCCCGGAGCAUACUAAAAAACAGAAGCUCCACCGUGAUGCACAAAUCCCCCAGGGCGGAGAGGAAAAAGUGUCAGCGCUGGGAUGAAAUGAAUAUUCUGGCGACCUACCACCCUGCUGACAAGGACUAUGGAUUUAUGAAGGUGGAUGAGCCCCGCACUCCCAACCACAGGCUGCAGGACAGCGACGAAGACCUGCUCGCGGGGACCUCUCACACAAUGACUCCUGAGGAGCUAGCAGAGAGGUUUGCAACAAUGGACAAUUUCUGCCCCAAGGUCUUCCUGUACAGUGAUAACAGAAGCUCAGGGUCUUCAGACAACUUUUCCAAGACACAAUCCAGUGAUUUUGAAAAGCGCCGCAAGGCACACUACAAUGAAGGAAAGUUCCUCAAGCCUCCGAAAAAGCUGCCCUUGGAUAAUAACAAGAACAGCAGUGUGGGCAGUGUCAGUAUGAGCAAUGGCAGUCGAGGUGUGAUGCUGGCCUCAGAGCCCAGGCCUGUGGAGAGAGGCGGGGCAAGAGGACUGACCAGAGGAGUCAAAGAUGAGCUUGGCCUGGUGGCCAGGAACCACAUCCUAGAAGUCAAAGGUGGCCACAUGACUCAGAUUGAUUUGGAUGACUCCUCAGCUUCCCCUGCCUUAAGAAAUCAGUCCCCAGCUUCAUCCACCACCGUCGUGUUGGAGAAUGAAAUUGAUCUGCGACGCAAGGAGUAUUAUAGCAAACGAAGAUAUCUGAGGUGCUCUCCCCACCCUGAACUUGAGGAGGACACAGAAGAUGAGCAGCAGACCAGCUCCACAAGCUUGAAUUGCGUGAUUGAGAAUCCCAUAAGCACUGAGGUCCGUCUGCUGGACCAUACUGGAAGCCCCUCGCAGGAUUACAAGGCCACCGAGAGUUCCCUGAAGGUGACAAUGAUGUCAUCGAAGCCUGGUACUGCCCCGUUCUCCAAAGACAGUGGGUCCCGAGCAAUGUCUGGCUGGUGUCAGUGGCUGGUAUCCAAGGGGCUGAACUGGCAAAGCACCGAAGGCUCAGAGAGGGAACCUGGAAGCCACCCAAACUCCUCAAACCAAAACCAGCACAGAUAUGAAACCCUGCAGCUCCAGUGGACUCAGGAGGAGGAAACCAGACGAUGGAAACUGUAGCCAGCUGGGGAUGGGGUGGGGGCCAACCUGUCCCCGCCUUCACACCCUUGGCCCCAGGGCCCACUGGCCCCGGAGCAGUCAAGCUGAGAUGACGGUCAAGCUAGAUUUUGAGGAGUGCCUUAAGGACUCACCCCGUUUCC